GAGCCCAGCCGGGCCGGCCUCCCCGGGGGCCGGGAGGCCGCCGGCGGGGGCCAGGGGGGGGAGGCCGGGCCGGCUGGACGGGCGACGAUGCCGAACUUCUGUGCGGCCCCGAACUGCACGCGGAAGAGCACGCAGUCGGACCUGGCCUUCUUCAGGUUCCCGCGGGACCCGGCCCGAUGCCAAAAGUGGGUGGAGAAUUGUAGAAGAGCUGACUUGGAAGACAAAACACCUGAUCAACUCAAUAAGCAUUAUAGGCUUUGUGCCAAACACUUCGAGACAUCUAUGAUCUGUAAAAGUAGCCCUUAUAGAACAGUUCUCCGAGAUAAUGCUGUACCAACAAUAUUUGAUCUUACAAGUCAUCUGAACAAUCCACAUAGUAGGCAUAGAAAACGAAUAAAGGAAUUGAGUGAAGAUGAAAUCAAGUCACUGAAGGAGCGAAAAAUUGAUGAAACUUCUGAACAAGAACAAACCAAUCAAGAAACAAAUAACAGUAAUAGUGCCCAAAAUGCAGCUGCAGAAGGAGGAGAAGAACAGGAUGAAGAAGUCUUACCCUUAACACUAGAAGAGAAGGAAAACAAAGAUUACCUAAAAUCUUUGUUUGAAAUUUUGAUCCUCAUGGGAAAACAAAAUAUACCCUUAGAUGGCCAUGAAACUGAUGAAAUUCCAGAAGGCAUAUUUAUGCCAGACAACUUCCAAGCUCUGCUCGAGUGUAGAAUUAAUGCUGGUGAUGAGGUUUUGAGGAAACGCUUUGAGACAACAGCAGUCAACAUGUUGUUCUGCUCUAAAACCCAGCAAAAACAAAUGCUGGAGAUCUGUGAGAGCUGCAUCCGAGAAGAGACGCUCAGGGAAGUCCGGGACUCUCACUUCUUUUCCAUUGUUACAGAUGAUGUAGUGGACAUAGCUGGAGAGGAGCACUUACCAGUAUUAGUCAGGUUUGUGGAUGACUCUCAUAACUUGAGAGAAGAAUUUAUAGGUUUUCUUCCUUAUGAAGCUGAUGCUGAAAUUUUGGCCGUUAAGUUUCACACCACUAUUACUGAAAAAUGGGGCCUGAAUAUGGAGUACUGUAGGGGCCAGGCCUAUAUUGUCUCCAGUGGGUUUAGUUCAAAGAUGAAAGUAGUGGCCAUGAGACUUUUGGAGAAAUACCCCCAAGCCGUCUACACGCUUUGCUCCUCCUGUGCCUUAAACACAUGGUUGGCAAAAUCUAUUCCUGUUGUGGGAGUGUCUGUUGCUUUGGGAAUAAUUGAAGAAGUUUGUUCUUUUUUUCAUCGGUCACCACAGUUACUGGUGGAACUUGAUAGUGUUAUCUCUGUUCUCUUUCAGAAUAGUGAAGAGAAGGGGAAUGAGCUAAAGGAGAUUUGCCGUUCUCAGUGGACUGGCAGGCAUGAUGCCUUUGAGAUUUUAGUGGACCUUUUACAAGCACUUGUUUUAUGUUUAGAUAAUAUAAACAGCGACACAACUGUUAGGUGGGAUAACUUUAUUGCUGGCCAAGCAUUUGUACUGGGUAGUGCAUUAGUAGAUUUUGAUUUCAUUGUUACUGUUGUGGUUCUAAAAAACAUACUUUCUUUUACAAGAGCCUUUGGGAAGAAUCUCCAGGGUCAGACCUCUGAUGUCUUCUUUGCAGCCAGCAGUUUGACAGCAGUGUUACAUUCUUUAAAUGAAGUGAUGGAAAAUAUUGAAGUUUAUCAUGAAUUUUGGUUUGAGGAAGCCACAAAUUUGGCAACUAAGCUAGAUAUAGAAAUUAAACUCCCUGGAAAAUUUCGCAGGUCUCAACAAGCUAACCUAGAACCUGAAGUGACGUCUGAAAGCUACUACAAAGAGGUACUUAGUGUCCCAACUGUGGAGCACAUCAUUCAGGAGCUGAAGGACAUCUUCUCUGAACAGCACCUCAAAGCACUGAAAUGUUUGUCUUUAGUGCCCUCUGUCAUGGGACAGCUGAAAUUUAAUACAUCGGAGGAACACCAUGCUGAUAUGUACAAAAGUGACCUUCCUAACCCAGACACUCUUUCUGCAGAACUCCAUUGUUGGAGAAUCAAAUGGAAACACAGAGGAAAAGAUAUCGAGCUUCCAGCAACAAUUUAUGAGGCCCUGCAUCUACCAGACAUCAAAUUUUUUCCUAAUGUUUAUGCAUUACUUAAAGUCCUCUGCAUACUCCCAGUGAUGAAGGUUGAGAAUGAGAGAUAUGAAAAUGGUCGAAAACGUCUUAAGGCAUACCUGAGGGAUACUUUGACAGCUCAUCGAUCAAGUAACUUGGCUUUGCUUAACAUAAACUUUGAUAUAAAACAUGACUUAGAUUUAAUGGUUGACACUUACAUUAAACUCUACACAAGUAAAUUGGACCUCCAAGAAGAAGUUCUUCCCACAAGUAAUUCAGAAAUAACUGAAAAUACAUAAGGAAAUUGACCAAAAUAGGUUUUCUCCCUGAAUUUACAUAUUGGGAGUUGGGAGAGAAGUCCUGAGAUAUUGAUAGGCACUUAAUCAUUGAAGAUAAGUUUGCCUUUAGGUCUCCAUUUGGAUACCUUAGCCACUGUUAAUCUGUAUGUUAAACUGUUAUUCUAUGAACUGAAAUUCUUUGAAAAUUGACCUUCCAAAAUGUAGAAGUACUGCAUUUCAUUUCUUUGUGAUUUCUGCUGGUAGCUACUGCUCUGGAGAUAUUUUAGUUAACUUCAUUCUGGACAUAUAAUUUGUGAUUACCAGGGAUCCAACUAUCAGGUUUUGGGUUUCUUAGUUAUUGUAAAAAAAAAAUAAGUAUUGGGAGAAGUGGGAAAAAGUUUUAGUUAAAAUGAAGCUCACUACUGACCACUGACUCCUAUAUGUUUUUUUUUUUUAAUGUUGUACCUUUGACAGUAAAAAGAUAUAUUGGAGAAGAGUUUAUCCCAAACCAUGACCUCAUGCACAUUUUCAUGUUGACUCUGACUUCAUCAAGUGAAUGUAAAUGAAUGAGUUCACUUAAAAUUUAAGUGAUAGAGCCAUUGUUGUUCCUCAUAAACGAGUGAUUGUUGUGGUUUACAUUCCUCUGUUGGGGCUCUACAGUUACUGUUUCAUGAACUUUUCACAGGUAUACAUCAAAUAUUCUGUUCUGUGAACUGGAAGUUAAUCUCACAAACAUAAAAAACCAGAUCUCGUUUGUGUUUAUUCUGCCUUUUUCCAUGCCUCAUCUUGACUUGUAAACCUAGCCUGGAGAACUUGCAAAUUAGGAUUUUGUGGUUUAUCUAGGAGUGAGUAAUGAGGAAAAUAUUACUGUUAUUUUUGGUGAGGAAAAACAAUUUUUGUAUAGUUUAUUUCAUUCUAAAUAAAAUGUGAAUUUUC